GUGUCAAAUCGAACAUGUCCGUCUAGAAACCAGAGAAAUCAUCUUUAGUCGUUUUUGUGACCGAUUUUUGCGAAAACAAGCGCAUAUUUCAGAGUCACCAUGGGUGUCGGCAGCAGUAGUAUGACAGAGCUGGCCAACAACGACUACCUACUGAGGCUGGCGGGGAAGGAGCCAAUCUCUGACAACGACCCCUUCUGGAACAUGUUGCUGUCCUUCUCGCUGCCCACACCCCUCAGUACAGCAGAGGCCAGGCAGCUGGAGGACAGCACCAAGCCUAUAUGUAAAUCACUAGUUGAGAACAACCCGCAGACCGGGAACUUCUGUGCCCUGAUCCGAGUGUUCCUCAGAAGAGCCGGAGAACUUAAGACAUCUACACAGUGUGAGAAUAACGUGUUUGUGUGGCAGUCGUACAACGCCUUGUUUAUCAUCCGCUGUUUGUGUAAACAUUUCAUCGAGAUCAUGUCCGAGGAGAAGGUCCUGAAACACUUCACUGUGACGGCAGCUCAGAAAAAAGCUCCUGGCAACUCGAGUGAAAGCAGUGCUCCCCUGGCCGAGACUCUCAUCGUUUCCAUCAUCCAGCUGUUGUUACAGAUCCCAGUCCUGAAUUUCACCUACCUCCUACAUCUAGAGGCGAUCAACACAUUGCUAGUCCUACUGUCAGUUCAGAUGUUCGUAGCUCGUGCAGCGUACAAGAGUGUGCUUCAUGAUUAUCUCGCAGAAGGAAAAUGUGCCAAGGCAGCUCCACUUUUAGUUCGGCAGCUUCUGUAUAACUUCACCACACAAGAGAUGUGUCCAGCCAGCUUCGACCGAGCAGGGGGAGGGAGCCUGCUGUACGGAAUAGCCUCAGGAGUAGCUUCUGGAAUUUGGACGAUUCUGACGUUAGGUAUAGGAGGGGGAGGGCAUCCGGAGGAUGGAAUAGCCAACACCCCAGCAUUAGCCAAUCAGAGCUUGUUGCUGCUGCUAGUUUUAGCCAAUCACUGUGGGAAUGACAAAGACACCAGAAACCCGUACAGAGAAGCCCUAAUUUCGUUUGUAAAUAUUCCAGAGACGAGUACAGAAGCCCAGAUCGAUGCUUCCUUCAACAUCAAGUUCGCGAGCCUGUAUAACGCCAUCUGUGGUCAACUGAACAACGACUCUACUAUCCUCCUGUUGUACAUACUGCUCCAUAGGAACCAACACUUCAAAACCUUCGUCUUGUCAAGAUUAAAUAUAGAAGCAUUGGUGUUGCCCAUCCUACAGACCCUGUACCAUGUAGCAGACAGAAGUUCUCACCACAUCUACAUGGCUCUUAUCAUCAUCCUUAUCCUCAGUGAAGAUGACGCUUUCAGCAAGUCUGUACAUGAAAUAAUCCUGAAGUCAGUUCCCUGGUACACAGAGAGAACGUUACACAAAGUCAGCCUGGGGGGUCUACUCAUCCUGGUGGUCAUCAGGACUAUACAGUUCAACAUUACACGGAUGAGGGAUAAGUACCUGCACACCAACUGUCUGGCAGCCCUGGCCAACAUGUCUGCACACUUCCACUCACUACAUCAGUAUGUGGCACAGAGAAUUAUCAGCUUGUUUGAGCUCCUGUGUAAGAAACACAGUAAAUUCCUAGAGCUGGUGACCUCGCCUGACCCCACAGUCAAACAUCUACAGGACUAUACCCAGGACCUGGCCAUCCUUGAGGAGGUAAUCAGGAUGGUGCUGGAGAUCAUCAACUCGUGUCUGACCAGCUCCCUGCAGCACAACCCUCACCUUGUGUACGCACUCCUGCACAAGAGACAUCUGUUCGAACAGUUUCGCACUCACCACACCUUCCAAGACAUCAUACAGAACAUUGAUACGGUGAUCACGUACUUCAACUCUAAGAUGGAGCAGUGUCCCACACGACCUUCAGAACCACACGAGGUGUUAGAGGUCAUUGAACUGGGCGCCAGGCAGUGGCCUAGAGACAGACUCAAGAAAUUCCCGGAGCUGAGGUUCAAGUACGUUGAGGAGGAGCAGCCGGAGGAGUUCUUCAUCCCGUACGUCUGGUCACUCGUGUUCCAGAAAUCCCGCCUGCUCUGGGACCCCAACUCUGUACAGCUGUUUGUACCCGACACACAGUGACAAGGGCAAAGGGUAAAGGUCAAGGGCAUGUCAAAGUUCAGACACAAGGCCAACAGGUCUAAGAAAAGUUGAAUUAUGUUGUUGAACUAUCACAAAAAAGGAUUACAAUGGAAAUAGAUGAAAAGACAAAGGUCACAGGAAGGUCACUUUUCGGACCUAACACACAUGCAGUGACAAGGGCAAAGGUCAAGGCAUGUCAAAGUUCACACACAAAAAAGGUGACAGGUCAACAGGUCUAAAAAGUUGCAUUACGUCAUUGAACCAUCACAAAAAGUGGAUUACAACAGAUAAAGGUGAAAGGACAAAGGUCAUAAGUCAAAGUUUAGAUUCAAAAGGUCACAAGGUGCAGCUGUGUUAAAUAUGUCAAAGGUCAAGUUCAGUAUUGGUUGGAAUAUACAAGAGUAGAUUACAACAAGAUUCAACAAUAUAAGUCAAUGUUUAAGUAAAAAAAUACAAAAAAGGAUAUCUAUGCUUGACUAUACAGGUAUCACAUUAAAAUAGGAUUAUAAUGUUAUAAAUGAACAAAACAUGGGUUUAUUAUCACCUGUUAACUUCAUGUCGUCAAAAAGAUGUUAGCUACAUAAAAUAUGUAACAGUAAGCAAACCUGUUGUCAAGAUGUGCUUUUUACUGUUGAGGAAUUGACAUGUUUUACCGGUUGUUUGUGUCAUUUUUCACUUCUAACUUAUUAUUCUGUAAGUUGUGAAAUACGAAAAUAUGAAGUUAAAACUUCUUUGUCAAGUUGAGAUAGAGUUAGAGGGGUUUCAUGAUUUUUACGUUUUUUUCAGUCAGAGAAUCAAUGAAACAUGUAACUUGAGUUUUGUGUCUAGGAAAUAGUGCCACAGAAGUAGAAUUUGUAGAAUUUUGAUUUGUCUUUUUUUUCUAGAAUCUGUCUUAAAUUUGACUCUUAGUUUUGUACUGUAUCUUGUACUAUGUCUUGACUCUAUUUAGAAACAUGUUAGAAAAGAGCAGCUAAUUUCUGAUGAAAGUCAGACAUUUUUCUGUUACAUUUAGCAAGUCUUUCGUAGUUUAUAAGUUUAUGUUGCUUUGACAUAUUGAGAAACAUAGUUACAUACUUGCAUAUGCCUAUAUUCUGAAAAUUGAGAUAUUUAAUAUUAUUUCAGCUUGUGGUAUUGU